AUGUUACAGGGAAAGCAUGACAGAUGGCCGUCGGGCAGACAAGAAUUGGGCGAAAUAGACAAGAGGUUUGUCACUGCAUCGCCCGCUCGAGUGAUGGUUACCUGUGCUCAUCAUGUGUGGAUGGCACUUGAGAAUGGGGUUGAAGUACACAAUGCGCGCACAACCGAACUUGUAAAAAAAUGGAAUGUAGAGCCGUCAGGAGGAAAGAAGGGUAGUAGCACUUUGUCGCUGAUUGCCGUGACAACACAAAGCAAGGGACCGCAGGUUUGGAUGGGCCUCUCGAGCGGCAGUGUUGAGGUGUAUGACGCCCGGUCCUUUGCUCUAGUGCGGCAGAUGAAUAAGCACGCUGGCGGUGUGUACUGUCUUGCGGAGUUCGGUGGCUACGUGUACUCUGGAGGUAGCGACUUCAAAAUUGCGCAAUGGAGUGCAGAAGACGGGAAAGUUAUUCGGGUGCUGCACGGGCAUACCAACUACGUUCGUUGCCUGUACGCGGAGGGCAACGCGGUUGUGAGCGGGUCCGACGACUGCACCGUGCGGGUGUGGGAUGCGGGGAGUGGUGAGGCGCAGUUGACCGGUCACUUCCACGGUCGCGCGGGCGUCUCAGCGCUGUGCCGUGUUGGCGUGACGAUGUGGUCGGGUGACAAUGACGGGCGAGUUAUUGCCUGGAAGCUGAACACGUGUGAGGCAUUGCGUGUGCUGCACGCGCACGGUGGUCGCGUGGCUUCCCUGCGAAAGAUCGGCUCCCGUGUAUACUCCGGUGGGGCCGAUGGCAUCAUUGCCGUGUUUGACGCGGAGGACUGUCAGCUGGUACAGCGGAUCGAGGAUCACCGGGGCGCUCGCAUCACUGCCCUUGUUGGACCAGCCGAGCUGCGUCGAUUCUGUAUCUGGUCGUGUGGUACUGACAGCAAGAUACGCUGCUGGUUCCAGGACGAGUAUGUCCCAAUGACCGACGACCAGGAGAGGUUCGCAGAGGGCUUUUGGUACCUUACAGGUUCGACCCCUUACCGCGAGUUUCGCGAGAGCGUGUUGAGGCAGAAUAAUUUCUUACGUGAUAAGUUGAUUGUGUCAGAGAAGCAAAAUACGCGUAUGUUGGAUCUUUUGAAUUUUUCCAACGCGUCACUUACUCCGAAGCACAUGCAGAGGCGCGAGGCGAGUACCAUGGAGGAAUAUCAGCUUGCCAAGGAGCGGCUGGAAUCCGUCGAGAAUGAACUCCAAAUGUCCAAGGAAAGGCUGAAAGAUAUUGAUAAUGAGACGCGUACGGUGUUGGAGCUUCUUCGUGUGGCUCGGGCAGAACUAGGCGUGUUGGAUUUUCCAGCACUCCAGUCCCUCUCAGGGACGAAAAGCAACGUGGCCCCCGGGGUACCCGGUGCGAAUACAGUUCAGCUCUCGCCUCCGGUAACAACAGGCACAAAAGUCUCGGCUGCUACUUUGCCGCCGUGGGGUUCAUUUGCCCCUGGAGUGGUCCGCUUGCUACCGGUUUUACGAGAAGGUGUCUCAGGUGUUGGAGUAGAUGCAACCCCGAAUACAUUGGACACAAAUGCAUUUUCUUCUUCAUCUCCUGCCCCCACUUACGGCGUCAAAGCCGCGUCGUUUUCUGCGGGCCUCGGGAAACAAGCACAGCCAGUGGGAGGCACGGGUGUAACCACGGCAGCGACACAGCCAUUCUCGGCCACAACACAGCCGUUGGGAGGCACGGGUGUAACCACGGCAACGACACAGCCAUUCUCGGCCACAACACAGCCGUUGGGAGGUACGGGUGUGACCACGGCAACGGCACAGCCAUUCUCGGCCACAACACAGCCGUUGGGAGGCACGGGUGUAACCACGGCAACGGCACAGCCAUUCUCGGCAACAACACAGCCGUUGGGAGGUACGGGUGUGACCACGGCAACGGCACAGCCAUUCUCGGCAACAACACAGCCGUUGGGAGGCACGGGUGUGACCACGGCAACGGCACAGCCAUUCUCGGCCACAACACAGCCGUUGGGAGGCACGGGUGUGACCACGGCAACGGCACAGCCAUUCUCGGCAACAACACAGCCGUUGGGAGGCACGGGUGUGACCACGGCAACGACACAGCCAUUCUCAGCCACAACACAGCCGUUGGGAGGCACGGGUGUAACCACGGCAACGACACAGCCAUUCUCGGCCACAACACAGCCGUUGGGAGGCACGGGUGUGACCACGGCAGCGACACAGCCAUUCUCGGCAACAACACAGCCGUUGGGAGGCACGGGUGUGACCACGGCAACGACACAGCCAUUCUCAGCCACAACACAGCCGUUGGGAGGCACGGGUGUAACCACGGCAACGACACAGCCAUUCUCGGCCACAACACAGCCGUUGGGAGGUACGGGUGUGACCACGGCAACGGCACAGCCAUUCUCGGCCACAACACAGCCGUUGGGAGGCACGGGUGUAACCACGGCAACGGCACAGCCAUUCUCGGCAACAACACAGCCGUUGGGAGGUACGGGUGUGACCACGGCAACGGCACAGCCAUUCUCGGCCACAACACAGCCGUUGGGAGGUACGGGUGUGACCACGGCAACGGCACAGCCAUUCUCGGCAACAACACAGCCGUUGGGAGGCACGGGUGUGACCACGGCAACGGCACAGCCAUUCUCGGCCACAACACAGCCGUUGGGAGGCACGGGUGUGACCGCGGCAACGACACAGCCAUUCUCGGCAACAACACAGCCGUUGGGAGGCACGGGUGUAACCACGGCAGCGACACAGCCAUUCUCGGCCACAACACAGCCGUUGGGAGGUACGGGUGUGACCACGGCAACGGCGCAGCCAUUCUCGGCAACAACACAGCCGUUGGGAGGCACGGGUGUGACCACGGCAACGACACAGCCAUUCUCAGCCACAACACAGCCGUUGGGAGGCACGGGUGUAACCACGGCAACGACACAGCCAUUCUCGGCCACAACACAGCCGUUGGGAGGCACGGGUGUGACCACGGCAGCGACACAGCCAUUCUCGGCAACAACACAGCCGUUGGGAGGCACGGGUGUGACCACGGCAACGGCACAGCCAUUCUCGGCCACAACACAGCCGUUGGGAGGCACGGGUGUGACCACGGCAGCGACACAGCCAUUCUCGGCCACAACACAGCCGUUGGGAGGCACGGGUGUAACCACGGCAACGACACAGCCAUUCUCGGCAACAACACAGCCGUUGGGAGGUACGGGUGUGACCACGGCAACGGCACAGCCAUUCUCGGCCACAACACAGCCGUUGGGAGGCACGGGUGUAACCACGGCAACGACACAGCCAUUCUCGGCCACAACACAGCCGUUGGGAGGCACGGGUGUGACCACGGCAACGACACAGCCAUUCUCGGCAACAACACAGCCGUUGGGAGGUACGGGUGUGACCACGGCAACGGCACAGCCAUUCUCGGCCACAACACAGCCGUUGGGAGGCACGGGUGUGGCCCCGGCUAGCUCUGUUUCUACUUCUGGUAUUCAAGCUGUUCAAUUUUCCACUUCCCCGCCAGAGCAUAAAGAUGCCCUUCUUGAGGCGUUGGCUCGGGCUGGUGCUGUCGAGGGUGCUAGAUCUUGGAAGGGUGUAGAGUGGACCAAUAAGAAUGUGGGCCACUAUAUUCAGCGGCGCUUCUACGGCGGGGAGCCAAGUCUUCGUGCACCAGACCUUGAAAAGCGAAGGAGACGGGGAAAAAGACUACCCAAAAUCCGGCUGGUUCCGCUGAGCGAGAAAAGGAGUCCCGGGGAGAUGAGCCCAACAUCGCCAUAG